AUGAUGAAUUACACAAACAAAAUCUUUGCCGAAGCUGGUUCGACAUUAACCGAAUCGACAUCAUCUAUUAUCGUUGCAUUUGUAAUGAUGAUUGCAAAUUUCCUUGCUAUGGUACUGGUCGAUCGUGCCGGUCGCAAAUUGUUGAUGACCGCAUCAGCAUUCGCAACGAGCCUUUCCUUGAUUUCCAUGGGUCUUUAUGAUUCGUUCAAGCAGUCUUUGACAGAACACCGAUGGAUUCCAAUUGCUGCAUUCUCAAUGAUCAUUUUGUUUUCUUCUAUUGGCAUGCUUCCCCUUACUUUUGUCAUUUUGAGCGAACUUAUACCCAAGAAGAUCAAAAACAUAAUCAUACUCUUGGCAUUGGAAUGUUUGUGGGGUUUGGCGUUUGCUCUUGUUUCAUUCUUCCCAAUUUUGACUGCAACGUUCGGCACUUCGAUGUGCAUGUUUUUCUUAGCAACGUGUUGCAUGCUUGGUGCAUUGUUUUAUUUGAUGGUAUUGCCAGAAACAAAAGGGAAGACAUACGAAGAAAUCAUACAAGCCUUAGCCAAAUAGAUGUAGAUCUGAAAUUUAGCUAUAAUCUAAGUAGGAUGAUUAACCAAUUGUUCAAACAAACAUCGAUCCAUUUUUAUUGCUGCGUGAUGAAAUAAUACCAAAACUGAAUCAUUUUCAAAAGGUUUUUUUUCUUAAUUUUUUCAUUGGGCUGAAAAAGAACCAGAACAAAACUUAACAGACACCUUUUAUUGUGCAUUUUCUCAAGAUAUCUCUGUGAAAACAUUCCAUUUUUCGUUCUUAAAAUCAGUUAUUAUAUGUCACUUUGUUUUUCCAUUAUAUAAUUCUAUAGUUUUUAUUUGUCUUAAAACUAAGAUUCCAAGUUGACAUUUUAACUCAGACAGUUGGAGGAUUUUAUUCUGUUUUACUAGAAUAUUUUUUAAUACGAAACGAAAUCAGCCCAAAGUUGAAAGUGGACACUGUUUAAAAUUCAUCGAUUGUUCAAUGCAAUGAUAACACGGUGUGUUAAUCGUUGCAAAAUAUCAUGCUUUCGACAUUUUACUUGCAUACCUAAAUCAUUAAGAGAUUAAAUUAUUUAUAUUACAAAUAUUGAGUCUUAAUCGUAUGUUUAGCCAAUGUGUGAAUGUCAAUAAAAAUCAAAGUGUCUAUGUCAUUUUAUGACAUGGAUUUUCAACAAAUCGAAAACAAUCUGCAAA